AUGAGCGUCAAUGAUGCUAAAGUGCAAUUGGAAUCAUCUCCAGAAAACGAUCACUCAAAGCAUUUCGAUUACGCUGAAGCAGUAGAUAUUAUCCGACAGCAGGUGUCGCAGUUUCGAUUGACGCUGAAGGGACCCGAAAAUCGUAUUCCGAAGGCAUUUCCUAUUAAAAAAAUCGGAAUUUCUAGAAUUGUCGCACCCAAUGGUGUCUCUACGAUCCGGGUUGAAUUUUCGUGUCCGACAUUCAUAAAUGAGGAGGCUGUUUUAGGUCGAUUCUUGCUUGAGCUUCGGAAGGCGGAUGUACCCACUUCGCCUCAGAUUAUUCAGGUAUUGCCGACUCUUACAAAAAAGUCGACGAAGUCGAUCGUAAAACUAAAUCAACAGCCUGCAGUGGCGUAUUUAUACACGAACGGCUCCGGAUCGUUUCAUUUUUUGCGAGAUCCCUCACAACCAAAAACGAUGUCCUCAAAGUUUGUAUUCUACAAGGAUGAGUUUCUCACCGCAAACGAAAUCGACGCAGUUGUUGGCGCUUACAAGGAAAUGUUUUCAUAUGCGAACGUGGAUGCGUUCCUGCUGUACGAUCUGGAGCAGCGCCGGAAAAGUACAUUUAUGGGGCAUGGAAAAAAUUCGGCAAUUCCCGGUUCCACAGCUCUGGAUAAUCGAGAACUUGCCAUUCAAAAGCUUCAAAACCUCGGAAUUGACGUGUUUGAGCCAACACACAGCGAAGAUAGCUUGAGCUGGGAAAGCUUGGCUGGAUACGAAAAAGUUAAAGCAGAGAUUGAAGACACUAUAGUGCUAGCACUUCAGAAUCCAGAGUUGUACGAGCGAAUUGCUGAGAAGACGAGAUGUCGCUACGAGAGCAAUCGUCCUCGUGCUGUGCUGUUUGAGGGCCCCCCAGGUACUGGCAAAACUUUGAGUGCUCGUAUUAUUGCUCAGCAAGCCGGAAUUCCUAUGGUCCAUCUCCCUAUCGAAAGUGUUGUUUCCAAGUGGUAUGGUGAUAGUGAGAAGAAAAUGUCGGCAAUUUUUGAUGCUUGUGAAAAGCUGGACGGGGCCAUCAUUUUUAUUGACGAGAUUGAUGCGCUUGCUGGAGACCGAUCCGGUGGAACAAUGCAUGAAGCUUCGCGUCGUAUUUUGUCAGUUCUUCUUCAAAAAGUAGAAGGUUUUGCCUCAGCCAAAAAGACCACUGUAGUGUGCGCAACUAACCGUAAACAAGACCUGGAUGCUGCAUUGAUAAGCCGUUUUGAUCUUUCCAUUCGUUACGAUCUUCCUGAUAAGAAAACUCGUCGUGCAGUGUUUGGACGUUACGCAAAGCAACUUUCAGAUGAAGAACUCCAGCAUAUGGCAGCCGUGUCAUCGCACCUUUCAUGCCGCGACAUCAAAGAGAUAUGUGAAUAUGCUGAGCGCAAAUGGGCUUCGAAAGUUUUGAGAAAGACAGAAACGUCUGAAGUGCCUGAUACACAAGCCUACCUGGAAGCUAUAAAAAUUCAUAUCAAUGGGCUAUCUAGUCACGGGCCUCACCCUGAUGUGUACGAUGCAUGA